AUGGCUACCUCGACAAAGAUCUGGCUGACACCAGAAAAUGCCGGCGUCUUCAGCUCUCCCAGUUUGAGCUCGGCCUCCGCACGCAAAGUGAGCGAGGUUCUCCAGCAUGAUAUGGAAAACCACCAUAUCUACCUCAAUGAAAUCCAAUUCCAGUUAUAUCGUAUGCUGCAUUUUAUGCUCACUAUUUGGGCUCUUAGGGCAACCCCCGAAACCAUUCAGUUACAAUAUGAGCGAGAAGACAAGCGCCAACGUCCUGCUUAUCUGCGGGAUGAGAAACGCGAGAUUGAUGCGAAAGGUAUUUCGGCCGUUCUGAGGGAGUAUUUGUUCAGUGGUGAUAAACUUGUAGAAUCAUUGCUUUCUCGGAUGUGUGCAGGUCCGGUUCACCCCAUCAUUCACCUUGGAUUUGGCAUCGAGUUUCAACAACCUGCCAUCGUUGCGCAAGCCCUUGCGCAAGCGUCAGUUCAUCAAGACUACCUAGCCGACCGUUUCUUUAACCCCCGCUGCAAAGGCGGCAGCCGCUCACUCAGGGCCGUCAAAAUCUAUCAAGCAAAUCAUGAAAGAAAUGCGCGCAGACCAAACUGUCAAGAGCACACCGACGUUUUCGAAGAUGGAAUCCAGCGUGCCAGCGAUGAAGUCAUUCAACACUGCAGCAAAUGGACUGUGUUGUACUUUUAG